AUGUUGUCAGACAAAGAACAAAAGAAGUGGGCUGUUAGGCGACUCCGCUCUGACAGCUGGCUAUGGAGAAACGUUGUGGCUUCUUCCGAAGACGAAUCCAUCACCGGCUGUAUGGCGUGGAUACUAUGGGCCACUUCUUGGCUAAUAGUUUUAAUCACCUUACCAUUUUCUUUGUUUUUCUGUGUCAAAGUUAUUCGAGAGUACGAAAGAGCAGUUGUGAUGCGCCUGGGUCGGCUGACUGCUGGUGGUGCACGAGGACCUGGAUUGGUGUUUCUGUUGCCGUGCAUCGAUACGUAUCAAAAAAUCGAUUUGCGCGUCAUUUCUUUCGAUGUUCCUCCUCAAGAAAUAUUGUCCAGCGAUUCAGUGACGGUUACCGUUGAAGCAGUGGUUUGUUUCCAUAUUUUCAGUCCGGUCAUUUCGGUGACCAACGUUAAUGACGCUUUCCAUAGCACAAAGCUACUGGCGCAAACCACGCUGAGAAAUAUUCUUGGCAUGAAGACGCUUAGUGAAAUGUUGGCGGAACGCAAUCAAAUUGCUGACCUCAUAGAACAAGUUUUGGAUGAAGGAACUGAACCGUGGGGUGUGAAAGUGGACCGUGUUGAAGUGAAGGACAUUCAUCUUCCGCCCGGUCUCACUCGAGUGAUGGCUGCAGAAGCUGAAGCUGAUCGCAAAGCAAAGGCGAAGUUCAUAGCUGCUGAGGGAGAGAAGCAAUGCAGUCAAUUUCUGAUACGUGCUGCGUCCAUUCUUGAUCAGAAUUCGGUUGCUCUGCAGCUGCGAUAUCUGCAGACACUCGCAAAAAUAUCUGCUGAAAAGAACUCUACCAUCGUGGUGCCAAUCCCGAUGGAACUGUUGCAGUACUUUUCUGCUGAAUAG